AUGGCUUCGCACUCGUAUGCUCAGGUUGCUGAGUCCCGGCUACUGGCACUGGAGCGUGACCAGGCCUCGGGGGCAGUGGACACGUACGACGCUGCUGACGACAUUGGAGACCCGAGUGAUGACAGCGAUGUGCCACAAUCCGGACGAGGUUCCCAGGUUGCCUAUUGA